AGACAGCGGCAUUAUUCAGCUCCGUGUUCUCGCCACUGCAACCCACAGACCCACAGUCCACUCCAACAUGUUCAAAUACUUCCUGUUCGCCGUCGUGUGCCUGGCCAGCGCUGCUGCCGCACCGGGAUAUCUGGGAGGAUUGGGUGGUCCGUCGCUGCCCCUGGCCGCCGCUCCGGCCAUCUCCUACGGCCAUGCCCUGGCCGCUCCGGCCUACAGCCAUGGCCUGACCGCUCCCUCGUACGCCUCCUAUGGCCUGGCUCCCAGGAUUAGCUACGCGGCCCCCGCCCUGGCCCACGCUCCGCUGGCUGCUCCGGCCAUCUCCGCCUACGGAUUGGGCCCCAGGCUCAGCUAUGCCUCUCCGGCUCUCGCCCACGCUCCUCUGGGUCUGGCUCAUGGACCUCUGGGCCUGUCCCAUGGUCCUCUAGGACUGGCCCAUGGCCCUCUUGGCUCUCCCCUGGGACUGGGCUACAAGUCGCUCGUGGGACCCAGCCUGGCUGCUCCUGCCUACGGCCUGGCCCAUGGCUGGUAAGCGGCUGAGCUGCGGCUGCCUCCUUCCAGCAUUUCCCUCGCUUCAGAGCAGAGGGAGAACCCAGUGGAAGAUUUUCUCUUCCUUCAAUUUGUGCAACAAAAACAAAACAACAAAAUUGUUAAAGGGUGAAUUUUGAUGUUGAAUUAUAAAGUAUUUCGUUUCCAUUUCAAA